UUUUCUCAAAGAAAGAAAACGUCAGGCCAUUCAACAUGGGCUUGAAAUACGCGAUCAAAAGCUAGUUAUAGCUGAAAUAUUGCUCUAAUUGUAGUGUUAUUGUUACUAUAGUUUCAUUUUACAUGUACGUUGUGUAACUUAUAAAUUAGUCGAAAAUGGAUACGUUUAUCAUAGGAUACCUCAGUUAUGGCGUUUGUUGAUCAUUAAAAAUUUGGUUCGGUUAUAGUUUUUCUUUAUAUUUGAUGUCCGCUUUUCGUUCGUGAUCGUUUGUUUCGUUCGUGUUUACGUGUUUACGAAGAUGGUGAAGGAGAAGCCUAAUUCUAUUAGGAUUUACGACGACGAGGGAUUCCGACGCCGUGCGGCGUGUAUAUGCGUGCGAUCGGAUGCCGAAACGGAGGUGCUGCUGGUGACGUCGUCGCGGCGGCCGGACAACUGGAUCGUACCAGGUGGAGGCGUAGAGCCCGAGGAGGAGCCGUCAGUAACGGCGAUGCGCGAGGUGCUGGAGGAAGCUGGUGUCAUCGGCAAGCUGGGCCGCUGUCUUGGGGUUUUUGAGAACCGAGAACAUAAACACAGGACAGAAGUGUACGUGAUGACAGUGACACAAGAGCUCGCAGAGUGGGAGGACUCCCGUCUCAUGGGGCGCAAGCGGCAAUGGUUCAGCAUCGACGAUGCGCUGGCGCAGCUCGCCUUGCACAAGCCCAUACAGCGCCAUUACCUGCAACAGUUACGCCGCUCUAAGCAGCCCAAACAGGACGACCCGCCCAGCUAAACAUUAAGACUCCUUAUUGAUAAUCAAGGCUUAAAUCUAGAAUAAAAAAUUGUCGUAAUAACACCAACUGAUGUGACUACGUUUUAGUAAGCCAGCUUUUGUGCAAAACAAUUUGGGGUUUUUCAUGAAUGUUAGAAAGAGAUGGAGAUAUGUAAUAGAAAAGGCUGACAAGUAAGCUACGUUACGGAUGUUUAAAGGACUAAAUAUUCUACAGACAACGUGAACACUGACAUCUAAAGUCAAUAUUAGCAUCAUCAUUUCAGGGUCCAAGUGUAACUUGUCAGCGUUAAUUAGAAUGUGUUCUAUAAUAGUGAUUGAUUAUACCAACAAGUCACGCCAUCUGGUGAACGUCAAUUGUUUUAGCCAAUGCUUAUCAAUCGAAUAGUUAGUAUACGAAGUUUUAUUAAGAACGGGAAAUGUACCAACUUAUCUGUGUAUAUAGAAACGUGACCAGAAACUUAAAGCUAACAUAUUGACGUACAUGUCUGGAGAAUUACAAAGGGAUAUAUUAUGUGAGUUUCUGGUCGACCUAUAAUAAAUUCAUGUUCAUAAAAGCUGACAUGUUAGAUGUGGACCCUCGCCAAGUAUAAAGAACUGUUUCUUCUUACUGACAACGCGAAUAUUGAGGUCAAUAGUAGUACUACCAUUUAUGGGUCCAAAGAUAACUUGUCGUGACCUUUAAAGUGAGACAUUCAUUGCUUUACACUUCGGUCGGGCGACAAAAAUUAUAGUUCAAUUUCUCAUGGCAUGGGUAUGAUGACGUUUGAGAUUUGAAGUUUCUCGAGAUGUACUGAUGUGAAAUCGAACAAAAAAAUCUAUUUAUAUAUCUUAUCAAGAUAAUUUGUAACGAAGAGAACAUCGAUUUAAAGACAAUAAUUUAAGAACGA